CUACCGGCUCAGUGGCUUGUUAGCUUUACGUUUUGUUGUCGGCCUCUUUGACUAUCUGACCAUAGUCAUGGUGUGCCGAGUGGUGGCGCAGUUUUUGCUGGAGAAGCCCCUGUUCCAGAUGGGCUGCGGCAUCGUGCUGGGACUUAUCGUUCCGGUCGUGGCAAGGCUUGCCGGAAACAACGACCCCGACGAGAACCAGAUCUCGCAUGUCUUCGGGCAAGAUUCCAUUUGCGUGGCCAUGGACUUCCCGGGCUGGGUGGAGGUUGCCACCAUCAUGUUUUUCUUUGCUGGCUUGCUUCACUCCUAUGCUAUGAUCAAGGUGUACCAGCACUGCAAGAGUGAGUGGAAGGCUGAGAGCAGCAAACGAUGCCUCCUGGCGUUCGUGGCUUUCGAGAUCCUGUGCGUAAACUGCUUCUGGAUGGUUGGCCUGUUUAGCCCUGUAUUGGACCACAGCGUCGGCCAAGUCUUUGCGCACACUAUUCCGUUCAUCGUCUUCCAGUUCUUCUUCUUCUUUUGGGUGAUCUUCCUGAUGGCCUUCGUGCCUCCAAAAGACGUGAGCAAGAUUCGUGCAGUGUCGUGGUACCAUGGCUGUGCUUCAGAGGGGUACUGCGUCAGCCUGGGCUACGUGGUCUUGCAGCUCGCUCAGCUCGUCAUGAUCUUUUACACGCUGGCAUUGCUGGCCCAGCCUGGCGUUGAGACUUCUGGACCGAACCGCUUCAAAGGCCCGCUGGCAACUGAACAGGCUUCACUCCAAGUUCUUGAGCCCGUGAGCCUCUUCGGCCGCCUCACCUGCCUAUGCCUGCAUCCUUUGCGCUUGCAGCGCCAGCCUGAGAACCCGAAGGUCGUGGCUGAUGCUGUGACCGACUUCAAGACCGAGGAAGCCUAA